AUGGAAAUUACGUAUUUGCGGCUUUAUAAGGAACACCCGGUUCCCUCGAUGACCUCAAACGUUGCAACGAUGUACGCUUUGCUGUUCUUGAUUGCCUUUGGUUCGCCGAUAUUCUGUGCGGUUUCCACAUAUGGUUCGACCGAUUACGGAAAAAGAAUCGUCUCGGAGUCAGCGAGAUUCCCGGGACCGGCAGAAUCCAGGAUUAUUGGAGGGGAGAAGGUCGCCAUAGAGGAAUAUCCAUUUGCGGUUAGUAUAACGUGCGAUCGAUCUUCACGGUCGAUUUGGCAUUUAGAAAAUCGUUGCCUCUCGUCGCAGGUCUCGUUGCAGAACAAUGGUACGUUUUUCGGUCACCAAGUUGAGCAUUUCUGCGGCGGCGGUAUCGUCGGGGAAAAGUGGAUAAUAACGUCGGCGCAGUGCGCUCUCAGGGUAGAAGUGAAGGCAUUUCACGUGAGAGCGGGCACGUCGCGUUAUUACGAGGGUGGUGACAUUUAUGGUGUCCAAAGCGUCGUGAUACAUCCCGCUUUUAACGCAAUUAAUUACGACUACGACGUUGGUCUCGUUGAGCUGUCCGACAGUAUAACGUACGAUAGCACGAAGCAGCCCAUUAAAUUGCCCAAAACACAUUCGAUGAUCGACGACGAUUCGCUGGUUAAAGUUCUCGGUUGGGGUAUAUUCGAGUUAUUCGGUCCGGUCUCGGACGUACUUUUGCAUAGUACGAUGCGGAAAAUUAAUAACCAGGACUGUGAGGAAGCUAGUGGUGGUGACUUAUUAACCAACAGGAUGUUUUGUGCCUUAUCGGACACUGCUGGACCCUGCGUUGGGGAUUCUGGCUCGCCUCUCAUUUUUCAGGGCACAUUAUUCGGGGUGGUAUCCUGGAGUCGAUCAUGCGACAGGCAGUAUCCAACUGCUUUUACAGCUAUAGCAGAACUGAAAGAUUGGAUCACCGACAUAACCAGUAUAUCUUGAUUUCCCGUGUAUUCGAGAUCGUAACGCGAUGUAGGAUAUAUUACGACUCACUUGUAAUAUUUGCUGCAUUGUAAUGCAGCUUCCUUUGUGAUAUUCUGAAAGAAUUUCAAGUUCCCGUAGAUUUUAUAGUAGAACAGUCUUCUUCGAAACGUCUUGAAUUUGAAACGCAUCUUAAAAUAAUGCAGAAUAUGUGAAUUAAUUUUUCAGGGGAGGUAAAUGUAUGGUAUCAUCGAUGAGUAAUAUCACUGUAUGAAAUAUGUAUUGUAAAAUAAAAUAUGUAUAUAU